UGCAUUUGUUUAUACACUUGUUUCUCAUUUUCUUGUCUGCCUCAAAUGCAUUGCAAAAGUAAAUUGUACUACUUCCAUUAAGUUUUCACAGAAUAGAAUGGUCAAGGUAGCUGGAAAAACUUGAAAUGUCAAGACGUAACCAGAAAAAAAAAAGAAAACGAAGACUUGAACUUUCAAUGCCACAUCCGAAUCCAUGAAAAUGUCAUCUGUCCCUACCUUUUCUCCAAAGCCCCUCACAAUUUGAGAGUGGCCCUCUAAAUUUCACUUAGAAUGCCUCCGUAGAGGUUGUGACCCGAUAUUGGACACUAGUAUCCUAUUGUGGACACUAAUGACCGGCAUAAAGCGCUAGUUUCUUAUUUUGGAAAUAUUGCCCGAUUUUGGACAAUUAUGUCCCAUGUUCGACACUCAUGUCCGAUUCUGGACACUAGUGUCCUAUUUGGAUAUCAAUGUCUUAAUUGGACACCAGCGUUCGAUUUUGGACUAGGUGUCUGAUUCUGGACACUUUUAUCCGAUUCUGGACAUUGGUGUCCGAUUCUUGACAAUGGUGUCCUAUUUUGGACACUAUUGUCCGAUUCUAAACACUUCUGUUCGAUUCUGGACAGUAGUGUUCGAUUUUGGAAUCUAUUAUCUGCGUGUUGACACUAGUGUACAAUAUUAGACAUGAUUUUCCUUUUUUGAUCAAUAUGUUAGGUCGAAACACUCUGACUGCUCCGAGAGAUAAUUUAAUACAAUUGUUUCUUUACUUUCGGCUAUUCUCCUAGACCGUGGUUUAGUGCUUCUGCAUAUUUCGGAAAGAACUUGCUUGGAUUCAGAAUUAAUCCUACGAAUAUUUUAGUUAACGAAUGAAUGAGCAUAAGACGAUGGAUGACUCGACAUUUCUCGCUGACAAUAAUUUGCUGAAUAUUGCCCUUCUCUGACAAUUCUCUGUUGAGUGCUUCAGUCAUGCCCCAACAUGUACAGCCAACCUGAUGUCGUACGUAAUAUUGCGUGAAAAUUUCUAUCGCCAACACUUUCGUUUUACUCAGUCCACUUCCAGUACUACAUUGUAAUCUGUCAGACCAUAGAAUGAACGAGUAAAAAAAUCAUUUUUUCACAUUAAAAUUAUGAGCAAUGAUUUUUAUAGAAGGAUGAGUUAGUGUUAAAACACGUCAUCGUUCGUCUGUUGAUUUCCAUCUACGUAAACAUCAAUUGACUAAGAGAGCUAUAAGAGAAAGGGGCUUCCGCAUCGAGAACUCAUGGGUUUACCUCCUGCAGCGUAAAACGAGGAAGUAAAUAACACUUGCUUCCGCAAAUCGGCCGCCCAAGAAACGGACAUAAAACUUUCAUAAAAGAGAUUAAAGAAGUCAUAGAAAAGGUAGCGUCGAAAUAAAGUUGCAAUGGUUGUUACAGUGAUAGGAUUUGAACACUGGCACUUCUACCUUUUUUCCGACAAAUCUUAUGGAACAAAGGUAGCAGAGCUCAAUUCCUCGGUUUCUUGGAAAACGUUUGACGUAAAUCAUUGCCUCCCAUUUGUUUUUACGGUUUUAUUGUCUGAAGCUGUGUUAUGAGAUAAAAUUUUUCGUGUAAUUAAAAGCUCACGUUUGGGAAUUCGAAAAUAAAGCAACAAACCGAAGACAAAUAGUUUAGCACUAGAAUUGCAAUGAUACUCAGCGCUCGGAAAACUGCGAAUUUUUGAAGAUUCGUAUGUUUUUUUCCGGUCCUGGCUAAACAAAGCAAUGGCAUACAGGCUUGUUGCUUUCAAUAAAUAAAUGUUCUAUUCGUUGAAACUUUUCUUUUCUUAGCCACGGGUCUUGAAUGGUCCAUCUGGUCGCGUCUAAUGUUAUUAUUGCUUUGUCACCUUGACAACGCGUCAAUGCAUGAUGUCACAAAGAGGUCAAUAUAUAACAAAUAUAUUCCAUAUGAUUGGUUGAUUGAUGCGCGGUGGCCAACUUGUGAAGUGGAUUUUGAAUAACAAAGACGAGGAGGGAAGUAACUUGCUAACUGAAUCUUGUGAUAUAUAGUUGCUUUGUUUGCCUGAUGUAGCUCAAAAUGUAGGAUAUUAACUUACCGUGUUCCAAAGCUCGUGAACUUGUCGAGUAAACUACCGAAUUCCAACAUGUUGAACUGUUUCGAAGUCCGAAGGAACGUUCGACUGGUUGUGGUUAGCUUGCAGCUGUUUUGCUCUUCAUCUUUUACAACAAAUAUCUACUAAGUAAACUGAGAAGUCAUCAUGACAGACAAGGAGAAAGGGAAGGAAAGCUCUCAUAACUUGAUGGUUGCUGUCAGAGUAAGGCCUUUGAAUGGAGCCGAAGUUGAAGAUGCAAGCUGCACCGAAAUUGUGCAUGUUUUGGACGAAAACCUGGUGGUGUUGAAAGAUCCCAAUGAAGAUCAAGAUGACAUUCUCAGAGUAAACAGAUCAAGAGAAAAGCAGUAUAUAUUUGAUUGUGCAUUUGGUCAAAAUUCAAAUCAGGCUGAUGUAUACAAGGAAGUGGCAAAACCUUUGAUUGAAAAUGUCAUCUCAGGAUAUAAUGCUACAGUGUUUGCUUAUGGUGCCACAGGAGCAGGGAAAACGUUCACCAUGUUGGGUACUGAUAGAGAGCCUGGUAUUAUGGCACGUGCCUUGAAUGAUCUCUUCUUUGCAAUGGACAAGACUAAGGAAGAUAUGAAAUACAAAGUGUCAAUGUCAUACUUUGAAAUCUACAAUGAAAUGAUCCGUGAUUUGUUGAACCCAUCAUCUGGUUUUCUUGAACUUCGUGAAGACAGCAAAGGAGUAGUAGUGGCUGGUAUCUCAGAAGUUCAAGCCAAGAAAACAAGUGAGGUUAUGGAUUUACUUAUGAUGGGAAACAAACAAAGAACAAGUGAACCUACUGCUGCCAACAAAACCUCUUCAAGAUCUCAUGCCAUCCUCCAGGUAACAGUCACUCAGAAGAGUCGUGUAAAGAACACCAUUGAUGAAUUCAGAGUGGGGAAACUUUUCAUGAUUGAUUUGGCUGGAUCUGAGCGGGCUGCACAGACAAAGAAUCGUGGUAAGAGAAUGAUAGAAGGCGCACAUAUCAACCGUUCCUUGCUUGCUUUGGGAAACUGCAUCAAUGCUCUGAGUGAAAAUCGAGGGCAUUAUGUCAACUACAGAGAUAGCAAACUGACCAGACUUUUAAAGGAUUCUUUGGGCGGUAACUGUCGCACAGUGAUGAUUGCCCAUGCAAGUCCUGCAAGUGGAUCAUAUGAGGAAACUCGUAACACACUCCUGUAUGCAGAUAGGGCUAAGAACAUAAAAACUAAUGUGAAGCCAAAUCAGUUCAGCGUAUCGUACCACAUUGCACAGUACACCAACAUCAUUGCUGAUUUGAGAAAAGAAAUAUUUCGUCUCAAACUCAAAAUCUCUGAACAUGAUGGGGACAACAGUACUGAAAGCUCAAAGCAACAAAAAGACAAAAAUCCGGAAGAGAUGAAUAAGUUGCGAGACCAACUUGUCGGUACGUUUAAAGAACAGAUGGAUAUCAGGCGCAGGUUGAUAGAACUUGAGGACACUGCCAUGCAGAUCUCACUUGACAUGAACCGCUACAUGUUGGUGAUAGAUGAAUGGGAACAGGAGAAGGCCAGGAGAGGCGUACGUAAAACUACCAGAAAUUCAUCAGGGAAAACUAACGACUCUGAGUUGAAGAGCGACUUAGGAACUGCGACUUCUUUCGAAAAUGAAAACAGAGAGAAAAUCGACGGGACUUCAGCUUCCGCAGAAGACAAAAACGUCCUUGACGAAAACCUCCGCGAAGAAACAACACUGUCCAAUAUCGAGAGUGUGGAAGACGUUGAAAGCAAAGACAUGGACACCGAAAAGGUUAAGACGUCUGAAGCACGCGAAGGUGCAGAAAUCGCAGAGCCUGACGAAGUAUCUUUUGCACGAGAGGAGAUUACAACACUGAUUGCAGAGGAAAAACGCACGUCAAAUCUCAAAGUAGAUCUUCAGGGAAAGCUUCAGCAGACACGAAAGGAGGUUGAAGCUUUGGAAGAACUGUUACCCAAGAAGAUAAGCAGCGAAGAGAAUCGAGAAAUCUUGGGUCUGCUGUGCAAGGUUCACGAGCUGGAAAUUACAAAUGCUGAGCUUCAGUCGAACUCGUUACUCAGGGAGAACUUGUUACGACAGAAAGACUUGGAGAUGAACAAGUAUGAUUCACGGCAACGGUUAUGUGAUGAAAUUAUUCAAAUGCAGAGAGCUGUUAUUAAUGAUUCUGGAGCAAAAUGUUCCACAGAGCUCGAGGCACUUUAUGAUGUUUACAUGGAGCAAUCAACUUACUCUGAACAACGCGAGGACAGUUCAAACGCACAAGAGAACGGAGAAAGCUCUUUGAACACGUUACAAAAGGCUUCACUUCUUGCCGGGAUUAAUCGCCGAAUGAUGCCCUUAGCAAGAGAGAAGUUAUUCACAUUCAGUAAGCUGUCACCUUUGAGUGAGGAGACACCUUCUCGUGUGAUGUCACUUCAGAACUCACCCGUGAAGAUGUCACGGGCCACACCUUCUGCUCGCACACAGAUUUCAGAUGGCGUGUUUACAAGGGAAACCAGUUCUCCAAUUCCUCUGCCCACACCUAAGAAAACGAAAAAGCUUCUGAGCCUUACUGACGACGGUGAAAGUAUACGCAGUUCACCUACGGUGUCGUCUGUAAUGGGAGACUUGCACGAAGAAGUGAAGCCCGCUACUCCAGCAAGCCCCGUGUUUGCCCGAACGAGAAAAAUUGCUGAGAUCGCUGCGCGCCGUCGAGGCGGCCUGGACAAGAGUAUUAGAACUAGCAAUAGUAGACUGGAACCUGGUAGAGAGCUCCCUACAAAGUCUAGUUCUGUCACGGACAUGCGCGAGCCCGACCAAGCUUCCGAAAGUCGAAGUGUUCAGAGGAACAAAAGACUCCCGGUGAAGGCUUCGCUUAGUAUGAGUGAUUUGUCUGUAAUUGACAAAAGGAUCGGAGACGUCUCAUAUGAAGAAGCGCCACCAGGGGACAAACCGAAGGGGGCCGUGAGGAACAAGGUCAAAAAUGCCUCUCAAAGGAAGCCCAGGAGAUUACGUUCCGCAUCGUUAGAUGAAUCUAAAGUGGUGAGAGUGAAACCUCGGCGCACUCGUAAAGAAGAGUUACAAGAAGCGGCUCGACAGAAAGUGGCCGCCGCAUUGGCGCAGUCAAAUACAAGAAGCAGAAUGUAUGGGGGGCAUGGCACAGAAGGACGCAAAGCCGUCAGGACACGACGAUCCAGAGGAACGAGUCUUUCCAAGCCUGUCUCAGAUACAGAAAGUGGAAAACCAAUAGGGAAACCUUCUGUUUCUGCCGCCAGCAAUCCACAAGAUGGAGAGGUGCAGACAUUCUGGACGAAUGUGACUCCGCCGUCCACUGUCCAUCAGUAUGGAGUUAUUUAUGGUAAAGGGCACACCAUCCAAAAAAGAUACCGUGUUCCUCCAGAGAUCAGUGGAACGGAUUCGAGCCAAUCCACUCCGAAGCGUAAACCAAGGAAAAAGCCGCCGAAUACCGGUACAAGAUCCGUCGACGAACUAUCAGUGAGUGGUAUUGCCGUGCGUCCCUCAAAACAGGCUGCAAGCGUGCGCAGAAGUUAGUUAAAGCUGUCACUGAUGGUCCUGUCCUAAAUAUUUCAAGAAAAGAACACGUAGAAGUUAUAGUGGAUGUCAAUACUCAGUAGACCUUCUACUUGCCUUUUCUAUAGCAAUUAGAUCUUAGAGCUCUAGAAGCCAAAAAUGAACUCGAUGUACAUGUACCCACAGAGGUAGUGUAACAACGUAAGACAACCUUUCUCCUCUGAUAAAAUAUCGCUUGAUCAGUUGAGCUGUACAGUGUAAUGACAAUAAGCAAGUUCGGUUUUUAUGGACACUGCAUAUUUAAUAUUGAAGACAAGACAAGAGUGACUUGUUGACAGUUAAUAUGUACAUAGCAGGAUCCAAUAUUUAUUUAUGCAGGUUUUAUUUUGGAUCUUGAAAAGGAAAUGUAAAGCUAUUUAGUAACAUGUAUAGUUUGAUACGUUUUUAAAUACAAUACGUUUUUCCACAAUUGUCAAUAAAAAUAAACUGAGCGGUUACUAAAAUAGA